AUGUAAGACCCAUCAAGUUUAAAUUUUUAAGUUGAAGCAGAGCCAAGUAUCCAAAAAAUUAGAUCAAUCUAGAUUCAGAAGAAGAAAAGUUUAGUAAUGAAAUUAUCAACUGAUUCAGAAAAUGUAGAAAGUGAUUAGAGCGUUGAUAACUCUCAAUAUUAUAGAAAAUAGUUUUUAGAUAGCUAUUCUAUGUUUACAACUAAGAACUCAAUACCAGGGAAAUUCAAAAGCUUGAAUUAAAAAAGCAAUUCGGUAACUUAUAAGGCAAAACUUGCUUCAAUAAGAAAAAUAAAAUCAUUCAGACUAGAUGAUAACAUAGAUAGUUAAGAUGAAGAAGAAAGUUUACCUAAAGAAUUAAUGAAUGUUGAUUUUUAGUUUAGAUAAGAUGCUAUAAUUAAUGUUUAAAAAAUCCUUUAAUAAAAGAAAUGA